AUGAGUAUAUCCCCGAUAUGUGCCUCCCCCCAGUUUCAAUUCCCUACCGAAAAGACUUCCUUUGACUACUUUACCAUCACCCCCACCAACAAGUACCUGACCCUGAAUGUCACGGAUGCCACCAUAAGCGAAAUGGUCGAAGACACGGCGCCGGCGCCGCUUCUGCAACCAGCAGUGGAGUUUUCUCGAGAACGACCACUGGGACUGCCACAUUUGAAGAAACAAAUCACGCUUCCUCUGAUUUCGGUCUACAGUGAGUUGCGCCUCCAUCUGGUACCCUCGACUAACUUCCGUCAACAAAUCCUGGGAUUGGGAUCCAAGGUUGUGUUUGUGGAUACUAUUGGCAAUGAUUACGAUCAGCUGACAAUUUUGGAUGUACGUCCGUUCACUGAAUACGUCACUCGUCGCGUAAAGGGUGCCAUCAACCUUUGUUUACCGCUGACGUUGUUGAAGCGCCCGAACUUCACCUUCCAACGAUGCAUUAAUUCUCUUCCCACGAAUGAACGUAAUCGCUUCGAUCUGUGGCUUACGGAGAAGGCGAAUUGUGGUGAGCCUUACGCCAUAUACGUUUACGAUGCAUCCCCAACGUCAAGUACAAUCUUCCACAUCUGCCAAAAGAUGGUAUCCCUGCCUCUUUUGACGGACAAGUGCCAAGUCAAGGUAUUUGGAAUUAGUCUGUUGCCCAACUUAGAGUUGAUUGAGCUGGGCGAUGUGGAUAAUCUGCCCGCAGAAGUACCUGAUCAACUUCAUCUUCCGCCCCUUAAAAUCGAGGAAACUGGCCCGCAGACGUUGCCACAAUUCAAGCCACUGAUGACGCCAACGCUUUCGAACUUUGCCCUCCCUAAACUUCCCCCUGCAUCUUUCAAAAUCCGGCAUAAUGAGGAGCUUCUCACCAGCAGGGGCCCAACCCAUACCUCGCUCACACUCGAGAAGAAUACCGCAAACUUGUUCAAGCUUACCCGUCUACCUGGAAAUAUUAAUACCUUGCCGCAAUGGCUUCAACUUCCAGCGUCAAAUGCUGAUGCUCUCAGCAAGGAUUUCAAUAAGUUGGAAAAAGGUGAGCAAAAGCGUUUGAUCAUGGCGCUUUCACUUAACCCCGAUGCUAACAGCCAAUUGUCGCCUCUUGUUGAUGAAGUGCCUCCCCAAAUUCUGCUGGGAUUUGAAUUUGGACACAAGAACCGGUAUAAGGAUAUCUUCUUAUAUGAGCAUCUGAGAGUCAAAUUGGGCACUAGCAAUUGCGACGCUGACUAUAUUAAUGCGUCGUACAUCAACCCAUUUAAGGAUCUUGGAAAAUAUACUCAGCCAUGCAACGAUUUCAACAAGCAAUUGAGUUACAUCGCCACCCAAGGGCCGUUGUGUCAGACUAUGGGCGACUUCUGGAAACUCGUCCUAAUCAAGCAACUGCCCAUCGUCAUUUCACUCACAGAUGAGGUGGAGAAUGGAGUACUCAAAUGCCUGCCUUUCUGGAAAACUGGCGUUUAUUACUCAAACGAUGAUGUGAUUAAUGUCAAACUUGUCGAGCUGUACCUGAUGUCACUGCUGUUGGAAAUCCGUCUGUUCUCGGUUCUGAUGAAGACCUCCAAUGGCAAUGUGGUCACACAAGCGGUACUUCAGUUGCACGUCUUGUCUUGGCCCGAUAUGGGCACUGUACUUUGCCCCGACGAGCUUUUACUGGUUGUUAAGCUCAAGAAUGAUGUGCUUCUGAGGCUCAAUCUUGAUGGAGUCGAAUACCCUUCCGUGAUUCACUGUCUGGCUGGUUGUGGACGUACAGGUACGUUAUGCACAAUCGAUACUGUGAUCUCCAUUUUACAGCAUAAUCAUCUGAGUGACUUACCCCAAGAUCCAAUUUUGAGCAUUGUUGAUAAUUUACGCCAGCAGCGCAUUCUGAUGGUUCAAAACUUGCGCCAGUACUACUUGGUGUAUGACACCGUGUUGGACUACUUAGCCAACCCAACCCUUGGUGAUGGUUUGGUUGACUUGAGUGUGAUCAAAAACUUCAUCAAGGGCAGACAGGAUAAUUUAUAG